AUGGAUACAUUCUGCCUCUCUCAAGCUGAUGUCCAUGGUAGUCUCUACAGAGUUCAAUAUGGGGAUUCCAUGACGACCUAUGACAUAUACGAGGGCCUCGAGGCAGUUGAUACGGUUACGUUGUAUGAUGAUGGAGGGGAUGAACAGGAAGAAGAGGAUACUCUCCAAGAGUUUGGUGACGCAGUAGAGCAGCAUUUGAGCUUGGACACUGACUAUGAGAGCAUUUUCAUCUCGCUUUUUUCUCAGAGAAGACAUGCUGAAAAUUGGAUGCUGGAUAGGCAUACCCGUUUUGGCAGCAGAAACUGCACUCUCCUUCAGAUUGAUACGGCAGCUCUUAACGGUCUUUUUAUCUUCCGUGCUGAGGAGAUUGUUGAUAAACUUUCGCUGUCGAUUCCCGAAGCAGCCCAAGCGAGUGUUGCUAGGGAGUACCUUAUUGCUCAUUAUAUACCCCCACAUGCUAUCAUAAGAAGUCAAACAGUCGAUGAUAUCUAUGCAGGUAAGAACGCGCCUUUCUUGAUAGAUUCUGAUUUGGCCUAG